CCUUCCUUUUCUCUUCAGCACCCAUCGUCCGUCCCGGUCUUUGUGGUUGUUCAAAUCUGCCUCCUUUCGUCAUUCCUUCUCUAUCCACUGGCCACUGGGAAGAAAUCGGGAACAGCUCUCUCCAGCCGGAUUCUCGGACGAGACGAUCCCCGUUUUACUCGCCAGACCACACUCAUUUGCAGCAAUGGGCCUCAUCGACGAUCUGCUGGACCUCCAGAUCCCCAACAAUGUAAAAAUCGAACCAAUCGGCCAACACGUCGUCUACACCACCUCGGGAAUUUGUCGUCCAAAGCACGCAGACCGCGCGGUGUCGACGCUAUGGCUGGGGGAAACGCGAGUCGAGAAAUCGGCUCGCCCGCUCACGUCGGGAGAGUACAAUGACACCGCUCCGGAAUGGCGGCCCGAUUGCACGUCCAUCGCUUUUAUUUCGGACCGCCAGAGGCCUGGUCAGACGAGCGCUAUUUACAUCUUGCCGAUGAAGGGAGGGGCUGUGGAUGCUUCGAGAACGGAAGAUGGUGAUCUCAGUUCGGGGCCUAAGGCCGCUGCUGCCGAGCCAUAUGCUUUGACUGCUGCGGACAACGAGCGUGCCAUUGAGAUGUUUCGUUGGAGUCCUGAUGGCAAGUGUAUUGCGUACAUCUCGGCCGACGAAAAGACUCCCGAGCGAAGGCAGCGCGAGAAGGACAAAGACGAUGCCAACGUUUGGGGCGCGAAUCUCGUCCUCUCUCGUUUACGCAUCGUGGACUUUGCAACGAAGAAGGUCACGACGUUGGUUGAAGGUGCUGAGCACGUCACCGGACUGGCUUGGAGUCCCGAUGGCACACGCAUCGCCUUCCUCCACAGGAAGAAGCCGGGCAUCGAAAGCGAGUGUCUGGAUGGAUGCUCUGUAUCCGUCAUUGGGGUCGAAACGCGAAGCAUCCGAUUUGUGAAGCAUUUCGCUUCUGGAAUCACCAAUCCAGUGUGGGCGGGGAAAUCGCUCUACUUCGCCGCCAACGUCGAUCCGACGUUUCUCUCCUCCGCGCAGGCUCUUUGGUCAAUCGAUCUGUCGUCGACCCGUCCGAUAUUCCAGCGCGAACUGCGCGGCGACGACGAUUGUAUUGGGCAUUUUGUCGAAUUCGGCCAGACUGACCUUGUGCUUUGCACCAAGAAAGGCAUGGGUACCUACUUCUCAACAUUCGGCGACAAGACUAUGGUGCGGAGCUAUGAAAACGACAUCGCCUCCUUCGAUGCCAAUCUGAACGUCAUUGACAACGAGAUUCUUCUCGCCGUGGUCAAAUCCACCGUCAACUCGCCGGCAGAAGUCUACUUUACAAAUGAAACAGGCACACAACACAUCCAAGUCUCGUCUCACGGCGACGUUCUCAAAGAUUACAAAUUCGGCACGGCCACGGUUAUCAAAUGCAAGUCAUCCGACGGCGAAGUCGAGCUGGACGCAAUCUACUUCUCCCCCGCCAAACCCAAGGGCAAGACUGAUGCCAAAGGCCCGUUUCCUACUGCCGUCAUAUGCCACGGAGGGCCGUACAAUCGCAGCACCGAUGCCUUCAACUCACACACCAUGUCCUGGCAACCAGUCCUCCUCGAAGCGGGCUACGGCCUUCUCAUGCCCAAUUACCGAGGCGGUUCAGGGCAUGGUGAUAAGUUCGCCGCCACCGCCCGCAGCCACAUCGGCAUCCACGACUACGAAGAUGUCAUCCAACUCACCCAGCUCGCAAUCGAAAAGGGCUACGCAGACAAAGACCGCGUCCUAAUCGGCGGCUGGAGUCACGGCGGCGAACUCGCCUACCUCGCCAGCGUGCGCAACGGCCAGCACGGCCACGGCUGGCGCUUCCAAGCCGCCAUCCCCGGCGCCGGCGCCACGGAUUCCGACACCCUCCGCUUCACCUCCGACAUGGGCCUGACGUUCGAACUCGGCCAGCCGGGCGAAGCACCCUGGGAUAGCGACGUGCGCUCCACCACCGCCCGGACACGCCGAGGCGCCAUCUGGUGCUUCAAGAAUGCUAUUGACUCUGGCGUCGUGCUGCCUGCUAUGCUGAUCAUGCACUGCGAGCAGGACAAGCGCGUGCCGGUUGAGCAGGCUGUUGCGAUGAGGCGUGCGCUGCAGUAUCAUGGGUUGCCUUUUGAGUUUGUCUCGUAUCCGCGCGAGGGCCAUCGGAUGGUGGAGCGGAUGCAUGUGAGGGAUCGCAUGGUGCGGGCUUUGCGUUGGGCGGAUACGUAUAUUUCGCCGGAGGUGUAGUUGGUUGGUCUCGUGGACAUAAAUUGUCAGCUAGUAGCCUAGCCAAAAGUAUUGCAUGUUGUCUCGAUA